AUGGACAACGCUGAAGAAAGCCAUCGUUCCACACAUAGCAGUAAUCUUGUCCCUGCAAGUGAUGGGGAUUCACACCAAAAUAAUGAAACGUCGAAUGUAGGAAGCUGCCAGCAUCAAAGCAAAAAUCAGUGCGAUUUCAUUGCCGUAGGAUUGUCCGGUUCAGCUACUAAUGUUGCUACUGCUGAUAGCCUUAGAACCACUUCCAAUUUGAGCAGCGAUAACAGCUUCAACAUUGAAUUUCAAUUGCAACUUACGCCACAAACUUCUACUGGCGGCAAUGGAAUUGCAUCGACUGCAGUUGGAACAGGAAAGGCUUGUAGCGGAAGUGUUGGUCCUACGGCAGAUGAAGGCGAUACUAUUACGGUGAUAGAACAUCCGUCAAACAUAGAAACAGAGGUCACUAAAUCAUCACUUGCUAUCACAAAUGCUACAUCUUUGCGCCUCAGUUUGCUACCGUGGAAUUCUUACAACCGUUCUUUCAUUCAUCCGGCGAACGUGGCGGCCACCAUAGAUGUGAUGGCCGCUUCUGAUGGCAACCUUCGUCCAGGAGAAAUUGUGAUGCGUACUCUUUUCACCGAUUUUACUGUGCAAGCAGAAAAGAAAAUUGAAAGCAUUAUGCUCGACGGCUCGGAUAAGAACCUUCCCAAAUUACUACAGCGCGGUGAGGAUUACCAAUUCGAUCAGCUGCUACAAGCGCUCGGUUUAGUGGCCGAACAUUGCCUACCAUCACUGCUGAAGGCACUGCUUGCAUGGCAUAAGCACCAAGUUUGCGACAAGAAUAUUAAGCGCGAUCUUCAAUCAACUCCGUCGCACUAUCCUGCACAACCACGGUCCGGGCUGGAUCUGGAGUAUCAACUUUUACGCCGUGAAGCUGCUGUGGAGUUUAUCUUCUGUCUCGCACUGAUCGAAAUUCUUCGACAAUUUCCUUUCCAUCCGGGUCACGAUGACCUUACGAAGCAGAUUGAGAAUCUGGCCUUUCGUCAGUUCCGUUACAAGGAGGGUGCACAGACGGCACCCAACGCGAACGAUAAUUAUCGGAUAGCUGAUCUUUAUGCAGAAGUUAUUGGCGUGUUGGCGCAAAGUCGGUUUUCGUCUGUUCGCAAGCGAUUUAUGACAGAGUUAAAAGAACUGCGGAGCAAGGAACCGAGCCCGUUUACGACCCACAGCAUCAUCAGCCUGCUAAUGGGAAUGAAAUUCUUUCGGGUUAAGAUGGCACCGAUCGAGGAAUUUGAAGCGUCAUUCCAGUUCAUGCACGAAUGUGCUCAGUAUUUUCUCGAGGUUAAAGAUAAGGAUAUCAAGCAUGCAAUGGCUGGGUUGUUCGUCGAAAUACUGGUUCCGGUGGCAGCUACGGUAAAGAACGAAGUCAAUGUACCAUGCGUUAAAAAUUUUAUUGAUCUACUCUACUCGCAGACGCUCGAUGCGUGCACUAAAUCGAAGCACAAACUAGCGCUCUUUCCGCUCGUCACCUGUUUACUAUGUGUUUCACAGAAACUAUUCUUUCUGACUAAUUGGCAUUGCUUUCUGGCGAUGUGUUUGAGCAAUCUAAAGAAUAGAGAUCCGAAAAUGAGCCGCGUGGCCCUCGAAUCGCUCUAUAGACUGCUUUGGGUCUAUAUAAUUCGGAUCAAGUGUGAAUCGAACUCAGCUACACAUUCUCGUCUACAAAGUAUUGUCAACUCGCUAUUUCCUCGUGGCUCAAAGGCAGUCGUCCCUCGUGAUACACCGUUGAACAUUUUUGUUAAAAUUAUUCAAUUCAUCGCAAAGGAGCGACUCGAUUUUGCGAUGCGCGAGAUUGUGUUUGAGUUGCUAUGUGUUGGGAGACCGAUCAAAAUUAUUAUGACACCAGAGCGGAUGAGCAUAGGCUUGCGAGCGUUCAUGGUUGUGGCAGACUCGUUGCAGCAGAAAGAUGGUGAGCCACCGAUGCCACGAACGGUCGGCGUGUUACCGUCUGGAAACACACUGCGAGUAAAAAAAACCUAUCUGAACAAAAUGCUCACCGAGGACACGGCGCGCAGUAUCGGAAUGGCAAACUACUUUCCCCACGUUAGACGUGUUUUCGUUGAUAUUUUACGGGCACUGGACAUUCAUUGUGGGCGACCGCUGAUGAUGACAGUGAUACAAAAUCAAAGUAAGGAGCUGGAUGAAAUGCUGACGGGAGAGCGGAAGCCACGGAUCGAUUUGUUUCGAACCUGCAUUGCGGCGGUUCCACGCUUAACGCCGGACAACAUGACGGGCCAUGAGCUGGUAGAUAUGUUGGCCCGUUUGACAAUUCACAUGGACGAAGAACUGCGCGGAUUGGCUCAUCAGUCGUUGCAAACACUAGUCUACGAUUUUCCCGAAUGGCGUCAAGAUGUUAUUCAAGGUUUCAGUCAGUUUCUUGCCCGUGACGUUGUGGAUACCUUCCCUCAGUUACUGGACAAUGGGUUGCGGAUGCUUUACGCAUUCCUAACAGUGUGGCGUAACUCUUUGGGACCGGUCAUCAGUAGUACUAGUAACAGCAACACGCUUAACAGCAAAGUAGUUACCACCACUGCGGGUGGUCCAAUGGGGGUACACCUGCUUCCCAUUGGAAAAAAUGUUAGUGUGCAGCGAGGGAACCAACCUGAGCUCGUGCCGACAAAGGCAACACAGCCGGUCAACGCGUCGCUGAAUGUGGCAACAAUCAAUUCAAACUCUAGUGGCAGUUCAGGAAUAUCUUCCAUAACUCAAACGACAAGCACUACGACCGGUGGUGCAGUUAGCGGAACGGCGACAAGUGGCAGUAGCGGCAUUCCAGGUACCGCUGGUUCCAUUGGCGGUGUUGCGGGAGGAGGAGAUACAUCCAGCUGUGGUAGGAAGCCACACGAGCAACCCUUAGCCUCCACGAUGCAGAUGGUGGAAGGAUUGGCACUGGUGAUGUUGUGCAACUGUCGUUCACAACCGAGAAAGUUUGCUGUCAGCAUACUGAAAGAGGUUAAAAUGCUGAAAAAAUUACUUGGCAUUCCAGAAGCAGAGCCAUCACUUAUUGACGUUAUUGAUCGGUGUUGUCCCCAGGUACUCGAGAAAUGUUUGCAUAUGUUACCACAAACUGACCGUACCGCGAUGCUGAAUGCUAAUGUAAUCGACCUACAGUGGAUAGUCGAUCGCAACAGUGGGGUGUGGACAACGGGACACGUAGAGGACUCAACGAAAGCGUCCAUGUUAACACUAUGCAUGUCGCAGUCUGCUCUCAGUCAUGCUUACGAUCCCUGGAGUGUCUGUUUAUUCGGAUUCAUGGAACGAACGCGUGUCCUUCAGCAUUGUCCCUCUGUCGUGGCACAAGCUUGGCCCAUCUGUUAUCAACGGGUAACGAGUCUUUUCAACGUGAUAGACCCGACUCCUGUCAGCGACAACCGUGCAUCGCUGUUGCGCAGCUCUGCUCCUACUAAAAAACCUCCAUCCGAGGCACAACGUGACUCGUUAAUGCACCUUUGGAAAAAUCAAGUCGCUUUAGCGAUGCGACUCAUUCCACAAAUGCCCAGUGUUGCCGUGCGUUGUGCCUCACCGGACCUCAGUUUAAGUCUGCAUGAUCAGUCGGAUUCCCGCUCGUUAUCUGAUUCUCUGGACAACAUACCAUCAUCCGUGUUUGGACCAGAAGGAAUUGUGACACGCUUCACCCUACCUCUAUCCUAUGGGCGCAAAGAUGCGAGGCCUAAGAGACAAGGUUCCUCGCCAGAUUCUUUGUCGGCGGACAGAAGCGACAAAUCCAGCGGAACGAUUGCGUCACCCGUGGCCCUAUAUAAGCUGGUUAUCCCUUUGUUGCGCUGUGAAGCUGUGGACAUCAGAAACGCUGUUGUCAAUGCGCUGGGAAUGAUUAACCAUGAUGCACUAAAGGAUUUAAUGGAGGAGCUCGUAGCGUACAUUCGUGAGGCGAUAGACCGAAAACAGGAGAACAUGCGGCGUCGUCGCCGUCGCGAUGCAUUGCGCUUGCAGCUCGUACGUGUGCUGGAAAAAAUUGCGGAAAAUGGCACUUUCGGUAUUAGUCCGUUUGUCCUAGAUCGCGAAACAAUGUCGCUACACCCCACGUUUAUCGAAUACAUCGAUGGUGCUCGACUCUAUCUCGAGUCGGAGACUGAUAAAGAUAGCGGCAGCAUGCGCGAUGUAAAAACACAUUUUUGUGACUUUAUUCGCAAAAUGAUUAAAAAUUUUUCGCUAGAAUUGUGUUCCACACUGCUGUCGCGAGAAUUGAAACGAAACUUAGUCAAUCUUUUUGUCACGUGGAGUGGAUCAACGUACGCACUUUCGUUUGCAACUUGUUGUCACGGAUCGCAUGGUACCCAUCACGGACCUAGUGGUGGCAAUAGUGGCAGUGGAACAGCUAGCAAUAGUGGUAUAAGCAGUGGUUCCAUCGGUGGAAGCGUAUGGGGAACCACGAAUACUAACAUCGCAUCGGCAGCCUCUGCUUCAGCCAGUACGAUAACUGCAGAAGAGGAAAAAUUACAAUUCAGUGCAUUACAGGCUGUGUCAGCAGUUCUUUGCUGUGGCCCAUGUUUCGAUUCGAGCCAUCUGGCGGAAGAUGGAGCAAUUUAUAAUUGGCUGGACAUGCUAAUGACGUCCAACGAUGAAAAAAUUUAUCAGCUUGCUAAGGAAACCGUAGUGUUGCUGCUCGAGUCAAAUCCAGAUAUAGGGCAGCUGCUUGAAUGGGUUAUCGAUCGAUGCUACACGGCUUGUACUAGAGAAGCAGACGCCUGCUUUUUGGCUCUAUCAGUUAUCUUCAGCGCUCGUGAAUAUCCCUGUGAUCAUUAUACUUCGGUGAUUAAUGUAACGCUGUUGAUGACCGGAUGUCCAAGAGUAGAGGUACAUUCUACGGCACUACAGUUGUUGCAGAUUCUGGAUAAACGGUUUUUUGGGAACAUUGGACCGUUACAGACAGAAAACGACAGAGAAUCGGGAAAAAUUGGUACGCUCGAUGCUGUGCUAAGUGGUGCCUACAGUCGUUCGCAAAUGUAUCUUUCCCGCCAGAUAGCACGCCUUCGCCCGGAGUUGACUAUGUCGAUGUUUUCGGAAAUUACCUCGCGAUUCCAGACAGCUCGGACUGAAGCACGUGCGCUGUUGCUCCAAUGCCUACUACCGUGGCUGGAGAAUGUGGAACUUGUUGCUUCAAGUCUACCGCCAGCAACACCGUUAUCAUAUAUCAUGUAUUACCCAGAUUCGAGCACUCGAGGGCGUCGCGAAGGAUCUGGGUCGACAGAGGCAACGGAGAUGAUACUGAACAAUUUAAUAUACAUAACCGCAAAGUUUGCUGAUUCUCAUCCAUACAUUGAAGAGUUGUGGGGCACGCUAUGCCAGUUCUGGCCAAAUAACCUCAAAGUUAUACUUCGCUAUUUAUUAAUUAUAUCAGGGAUGGCUCCAAACGAGCUGUUAGCUUAUGCAAAAAGAGUAGCGUUAUAUUUGGCCCGUUCGUGUACUAACCGACUACUGGACGAACUGAUGAGUGAACUGCAAACGGUGGAAACUUUGAAUUGUUUAAUUGAGCGAACAGAAACGCCGCCUUUUUACCGGUUAACGAGUAUGAGAAAAGCCUCCAGUCAUUCUGACGGUCCAGCGUCCGGGAAUAACGAUCCUAAAGUCUGUGAUGUGGACGUGGAGAAAGGUACCAUACAUACCAAACGCCACAGUGGGGAGGAUCCUAUAAAAUCUGGAACGUGUAAGUCCGACAGCGCUUUACGAACAUUCGCCAACUCAUACCGGCCACCGCGUGGAAACGAUAAGAUACGUACCGCUUCCGGCCCAUGCGUGAUGCCGAGACACGAAGACGUGAUGGUAAUGAUGAACGAGCAGGAGAUGAAUCAGGAGGAGAACUUCGUGCAGAUACGUAGCGAGCAACCACUGGCACCACAUCCGUUGCCGAUGCCCGAGUAUGGUGGCUACUUUGCACCAUUAACCGAAUUUUUACCCCUCACCAACAUUCCGAUCAGUGGGUUUCAUCGCUGUAACGUAGCCGUCAUGCUACUGACGGACAUCGUCGUCGAUGGUAUUCCUGGUUUGGACUGGACACUGCAUGUGCCACUCAUGCUGCAUAUUUUGUUCCUUGGACUAGACCAUACGCGGCUUAUUGUGCGAGACCAUUGCAAAAAACUUCUUUUGAAUUUAUUGAUUGUACUGGCGGACCACAACGAUCAUCUAACAGUGGCCAAGAUCUUGCUUAACAGCGACACAGCCAAGCUGCGUUUAGGUAUAGUGGUUCCAUCGUUACCCGUGGUUGAUCACAAUUUUACCGAGCCCGAUCAAGAGUUUGACAGUUAUUUGUUCUGGCUAAGUGGGACAGCUGCUCAGCAGCUAUCGUUGUCCACAGCUGCUAAUCAACCCAACGAAGAAACGCCUACUGUGCCGACGAUCGUAACAGAGGACAAUGCGCCACCGCAACUAGGACCGACCAUGCCAACUGCGCACGUCAUCAAGAGUUUAAUUAAGUUUCUCUCGCAGGAAAGUAGUCAGCAGCAUCCGCUGUGGAAUUAUGAAGAUAUAACUGCGAAGGUUUGGAGCAUAAAGUCGGCGGAUCAGUUGCAGUGCUUCCUGCGACAUAUCGUAAAGGUGUUCACGGACAGCUAUUCCCACGCGCGCAUCCCUGAACGAUGGGCUCAGACGGCCCUGCAAUUGGGACUUAGCUGCUCGUCUCGCCACUACGCCGGACGUAGCUUGCAAGUGUUCCGCUCGCUUGAUGUACCAAUCAAUUCGCGCAUGCUGUCCGACAUUCUCUCACGGUUGAUUGAAACCGUGGCUGAGCAGGGUGAGGACAUGCAGGGCUACGUUACGGAAUUGCUCUUAACGCUAGAGGCCGCCGUAGACAGUUUGGACUCCGACUUCCGUCCGCUGGACGUAAUGAAAGACAUUUUCAAGAGCACGCCAAAUUUAAACAACAAGGAAGGUGCAGCGAUAGGAAUAUAUGGCAGCAAGCGUUCAGGUGACGGAAUGAUCAACUCGCCUGGACAAAACGUACACAACGUCACGAACGCCGGGCACACGCGCAGUACCAGCUACUCGAUAUCAUAUUGCUCGCGAAAGGCUUCUAAUUCACCAAUCGAUAAGCAGAUAGAACUGCGCAACCGUAAUGCUGCUCUUGAGUUGGAACGGAACGGAACCAAAUUUGCAGCUGGGCAAACAUCGCUGUCGCGAUCACGCAGCGCUCAGAGUUUGAAGCUGCUCGGAGACACAGCCACGCAAGAUGACAAGAUGACCAUUUUGGCUCAACUCUUUUGGCUAUCCGUCUCAUUACUCGAGAGCGACUACGAACACGAGUUUUUAUUGGCUUUACGGUUACUAACACGUGUCCUACAUCGGUUACCACUCGAUAGACCCGACGCACGAGAUAAGGUUGAGAAACUUCAGCAGCAACUGAAAUGGUCUACCUACCCUGGUGUUCAUGCGCUACUACUGAAGGGAUGCACCCACUCAGGGACAUACGAACCUUCGAUUGCGCUGUUAUCACAACUUACCCCAUUGCUCAAUCUACCGGUGUGUGAUCCAACGCAAAGUUGCGCAUUUCCAAUGAAUGUGAUCGCUUUAUUGCCAUACAUGCUGCUACAUUACGAAGACGCCAAUGAGAUCUGCAUUCGUAGUGCGGAGAACAUAGCACAAGUCUCAACGGAAAUGGGACUGAAGCUAGAAAACCUCGGAACAGUGAUGACUCUCUAUAGCAGGAAAACAUUCAGUAAAGAAUCGUUCCAGUGGACAAAAUGUGUUGUGAAAUAUCUUUACGACACGUAUGCGCAUAUGGGUCUGCAUAUGCUUGCCUUUCUAACAGAAGUGUUGGAGAAAGGAUGGGUGCAAGUGCAGCUACAGGUGUUGAGCGUUAUCCAUUGUAUGCUGCAUUAUGUGGAUCUUUCCAGUGUUACUGUGCAACCAAUUGCUGGCGAUAUGCUGAAAAUAAUUUCCAAAUACCUAGAUACUUCCAACGGGAAAGAGGCAUUGAAAAUACUGAAGUUCGUAGUAACACGAAGCUCCAGUCUGCAGGUGGUUCCUCAAACAUCUGAAGGUGGUUCAUCGUACACCAAUCUUCACGGUAGUUUCAGCGAUUCAGAAGUAUUCUGCAAGAAAGAGCUCGCAGGGCGAACGAUGGAAUUUUCGUUUGACGUAUCACAAACGCCCUUAAUCGGUCGUAAACUCCUGUUAAAACCCGACAACGAUGGAGCUGUUGCUAUUAGCGGCGGUUCGCUGGUGGGAGCAAAGAGCUAUAAUGGGUCUGGCAAUGUAACUGGAUCUGGAACCCAUUUUGGUCACGCUGGAACUCCAAACUCACCUCGUCGCAGUGCUAGUCUUUCUCCAGCGGAUACGGCGCCUUUAAGCGGUUGGAAACGACCUUGGAUGUCACAGGGAAGGGUUCGAGAAUGCCUAGUUAAUUUACUUACAACAUGUGGACAACGGGUGGGCCUUCCUAAAAGCCCUUCGGACGAUAUCAUAAGCUCUUUGUACUCCAAGGUAAUUUUUAGUCAAUCGUCAGACCUGUUGGAGCGUCAAUCAUCGGCCGCUUCCAGCACAGAUGAGACAUCCGGGGCGCAGCAGGAUUUAAGUGGUGGUUCGAGACGCGAGGAUGGGCCGCCCGACUUCGGGGUGUUCAAGGAUUUUGAUUUCCUCGAGUACGAAAGCGAGAGUAUCGAGGGUGAAUCAACAGAUAAUUUCAACUGGGGCGUGCGUCGUCGUCCAUUGUCCGAGGGCGAGAAUGAACAACAUUCUCUGUCCGGUGCGGGCCGUGUCUCUCACUCGAACUUCGAUGAAAGUUUAAGUGAGAAAACCCCGGUGUUGAAUCGUCGUAAGCGUCUGAAUGUCGAUGACUCUUCAGAUGAAGAGGUAGAGUCUGAGUCACCCUUGGAUGAGGAACCACGACCUGUGUUCUCGAGAGCAGCCUACUUAAGUGGAGCUCCAGCUAGUUUGAGUUUACGCGGAAGGCGUCAUCGGCGUGAUUCCGUGUCACGUAGUGACACGAGCGGGUCAAGCGCAGGUGAUUUGGGUGACAUUACGCCAUGCAAUGCAUCGCCUCAUCUUCCGGGAAUUCAUCCGUUCCGCACGGGACCGAUCCGAGAUGAAAGCGCCGAUGUUUGGAGGCGGAACCUCGUGAAUCUGCUAGUAAAUCAGCCUUCGUCUCAUGCGCCGGAUCUGCUAAAUCAAAUGUUCCAACUGAUCAAAGAGCUUUCGGUUCGUUCAAUUUCCAUCUCGAAGGAAUGCAUGCGCUACUUCACCGGUUCCGGUGUGCAGCUGGGUCAUCGUAUAUCAGUCUUGUCUGACCUACUGGCAACACGGGGUGAUCCUCCCAAGAUCUGGUACCACGCUAGUCUUGCCACGACACCACGUCUUUUUGAAAAUCUUCGAUACGGAGUACUAGAGGUGCAGGAGCAUCUGGAAACGUUUUUCGACCGCAAGGACACUGUACUAGAUAGCUUAGAUGAGGUGAAGGCCUCCUGCAAGCUGGCACUUUUUUCAGAUAUCGAUUCGGCAAACGAGAGCACGGUUGGGCUGCAUUUGAACAGUUCCGCGUCGACAGACCCGGCCACCGCGGAAAUGCUGCUCGAUCUAGGUCGGAGCCUGUACAAACUUAUGUUUCAACUGCUACUGCUGAUCGAGUCCGAUCACAAGAUCGCCAACAGCGUUGUGCAGAAUCUGCGUAAAAACGAGCAAAUGCAAGACCUCUCCAAUUUGUACCUAUCUGUUCGCGGAGCAUUACUGCGUUGCAUCGACGAUGCGGAAAUGGAGUCGCUCGAUACUUCCACCUCUACAGAGGGAGAAAACACUCCUACUCCGUCUCCGGGAGUUCCGAUGAACCACAGCGAGUUCGAGAACAUUCUUAUCGAGCUAAUCGACAAUCAACGUUGGUUAGCGGCGAUAAAUCACGUUAAACAGCACAAACAGUUAUCGAAUCAUUUAGCGUUAAAUUACAGCACUCUGUGUGACGCGACGCGCGAUACCGUGCUGGACACCAUGUCAACGGAAUCUAAAACAAUCGAUGAUUUAUCGAUUAUUCUGAAUGCUUAUGCACACCGGUUGACGAAAGAUAGGAAUGACGUGUUCAUUGUAUCCCGAUCGGAGUUCGAACUGAGUGAAAUUUAUCAAAUUCUGAUGGAGAACCUACUGCACGUGUCGUCUGCCCUGUCUAACAUGGAAGUCGGUAUGAAAGCCAACACUAGCUCUAGCUCGUCGACGGGCACGACCAUGACAACGAUUCCGGCGGGGAUUGGAAAUGUUAGCGGAGUCGGAAAUGGUGCAGGAGCAAAUAUCGACAACCAUGCCCAUGUUGGAACGAGUGGUUCAUCACUACAUGCAGUCGGUGUUAAUCAAGGCCCUGCACCUUCGUCACCACCAGUUCUCGCUUCAACGAAUCCGUUUAAGGAUACCGUUGACAUUAUCACGACACUUUAAACGGAAUUAUAAUUUGCUUUAAUUCUCCUUUGCCAUUCUUUUAAUGCUCAAGCAACUUAUACCAUCAUAAAUCGGGCCCAGUCCAUUAAAAAACCCUUUCCUUCAAGAGAAUUGGACAGUUUGUUUCGUUUCUUCUAAUCAUUAUAUUAGGCAGGAUUUUAUUGUGUGUCUGUUGUCUGUUGAUUUAUUAUUAUCCGAUUGACACACUUUCGAUAUGUGUAUGGAAAGAUAAAAAAUAUCAUCUAGGCUAGACUAGGCGUAGGCUUUUUAUUAAAUACUUGAGAAAGAAGCAUUGCUGAAAGGUGAAUGGUUGAACGUUUUCGACUAACUAUAACUCAUGUUGAUGGCCCGUUGAUAGAACACUUCGGUAACGCUUGUUGUUGUCAUGGGAUUCUGGCCAUCGAUUCCCGAUACCAUGGCGUUGGCGCGGGGUGAACAACACCACCCGAAAAACGGAUAAGAAGAAGAAAAUAACUCCGUUUGAUGUAAAUAUACGGCCAAACCAUUAAUUCUAGAGUAAAGAAAAAAUCAUGUAGUAUUAACUGAUUAGAUAUAAAAACUAGAUUGGGUUAAGCAAAUGAAGCCCAAAGAUUGUGUCGAAUAGUAGAAGACACGAUAGAAAAUACUUAACGUA